GGUGGAAAUAAUAUGUAUGGGCUAAUGGACUGGUUCAAAAAAUUCAAAACCCCAAACCCAAAAAUUUCAUUUCCCGCUUAACUUCAAACCUUAAUCAAAACCAAAACCCAAGAUCUAUCAAUACCUCAACCACUCAAAUCCUUAACAAAACUUGCGAUUAAUUGAUUUCAAUCUACGAUGUCCUCGUCUGCGGUGCGCCGGGUGAAAGAAAGCAGCGGUGGCGGCGGAGCUAAGGUCACCACCGUCCCACCAUCAAAAACAUCCAGAAGCACAACUCCGUUAUCAGAAAGAAUCAUCUGUCGGGGUGGAGAUUCAGUAAAUAUGACCACCGGCAAGGAAAACGCCAACAGUGGCAGACCCACUUCCAGGAUUCGGACUGCAGCGAAGCCCCAGAAACCGCUCGUUCCGCCGAUUGUUCGUGCCGAUAAGGAUAGCGUGGAACAGCGUGCCAGGUGGUCGACAAGUUCGUCUGUGCGACCAAGAGGUAGGAGCCAAAGUCCAUCUGAAUUUGUUAGGGUUACAAAUGAUGUGCGUAAAACUAGGGUUUCUAGGGUUUCAAUGGAUCGAAACGAGAGAAGUGUUAGCGUUGAUAGGUCUGCUAGGGUUUCGGAUAGGGUUGGCCUACAGAACAAAGGUUCCUCCAAAAAUACUAAUUCUAAAUCUACUUCUGCUAAUGGAGUUCCGGCUUCAAAAGUUUCCAUAGCGAGUUUGGAGAAAAGCAGUGAACUUUGCAAAGAAUCAAACCCAAAACCUACAGCGAAACCCCAAAAUGCUAGGGUUUUUACGGUUUCCCCCAAAAGUGGUAAACAAAGAGACAAUACAUCACAUCCAGAGAUUUCAAACACCCAAUCUAGCUCAGAUUCGUUUGUGAAAGUCUCUGAAAGUGUUAAACUAUUUGAGAAGUUCAGAUCGAAAUCCAGUGUAGGUUUAAAGUCUAGCAAUUCAACUGAAAACGAGGAGAUCAGUGUUCGUUCAAGUUUCAGAGACUCUGGUGGGAAGUUAUCAAGCAGAGGUAGUACUUCAGAUGCUUCAAAAGAGAAGGGGACAAGUGAAGACACACUAACUGCUCGAUCAAAUGCCAAGUACCCAAGUAAACUCCAUGGAAAGCUUGCAUUUUUGGAAGAAAAGGUGAAGAGGAUAGCUUCAGAUAUCAAAAGAACAAAGGAAAUGCUGGACUUAAACAACCCUGAUGCAUCAAAAGUGAUGCUUUCUGACAUUCAAGAAACAGUUGCAGGUAUCGAAAAGGCAAUGGGUGAUGUUGUUAAUGUUGAAACAGAGAAAAAGGAUGAUAAUAAUAAUCCACAAGUUAUUAUCACAAAAACUAGUCCAAUCAAGGAGUCAAGUGAUGCAAAAAGUUCAUCCAAGGGCUUGAAUCCCGAUGAACUGGAAGCAAGAUUCUUUCCUCACCAUAAGUUACUCAGAGACAGGACAACAAAAAACCAUGAAACCCUAAAAUCUGAGGUUGCUUUAGCUAUUAGUGAAACUAAACAUGAGUUAUCAGAUUCUUUGAGUAAUAGUGAAUCUAAAGUUACAAUUAGGGGUAAUUUGGAGAUAUGUGAAGUUCAAGAAACAGACAGCACUGUCAAUCCAAAAUCACGUGAAUCUUUUUACAGUGGAAAGGGUAAUGUUGAGUCAAUGCUUACAGCUGAUGAAACUUUUGAAGAAUCUGAUGAUCAAGAAAACAAGGGACUCAUGAUAUAUGAAGAUGAUGUUGAUGAUAGUUUCAACAACGAGUUAAAUGAAAUUGGGCACAAGACUUGUACAGGUGGAUGGUUUGUGUCUGAAGGAGAAUCUGUUCUUCUUGCUCAUGAUGAUGGUUCUUGCACCUUCUAUGAUGUUGCCAAUUCUGAGGAAAAAUCCGUAUACAAAGCACCAGCUGAAGUUUCACCGAAUUUAUGGAGAGAUUGCUGGAUACUUCGCGCACCAGGUGCAGACGGUUGUUCUGGGAGAUACGUGGUGGCAGCAUCCGCCGGAAACAGCCCUGAAUCCGGUUUCUGUUCAUGGGAUUUCUACACCAAAGAAGUCAAAUCCCUCCACCUCGAAGACGGAAUCACCACCACCACCACAAGAACAGCACUCGCUCCAUUACCCAACAACGUCCUAAACCGACGACAUGAAAUGACCAAUCUACCUCCGGAGAAUCGACAGUGGUGGUAUAAGCCUUGUGGCCCGCUCAUGAUUUCAACCGCUAGUAACCAGAGAGGUGUUAGGGUUUUUGAUAUUCGUGAUGGAGAAGAUGUUAUGAAGUGGGAAUUGGGGAGUUUGAUUGUCGGAAUGGAGAAUUCGAGUCCUUUGCAAUGGCGGAAUAGGGGGAAAGUGGUGGUGGCGGAGGUCGGUGGUGUUGGGUUGUGGGAUGUGGCGUCGCUUACAGCUGAACCUUUGGUGACUGUGAAUUUGAACGGGAAGAAGAUUUUGGGACUUCAUGUGAAUAAUACCGAUGCAGAACUUGGUGGAGGUGUUCGCCAAAGAGUAAGUUCAUCAGAAGCAGAAGGAAACGACGGAGUAUUCUGCACUUCCGAUUCCAUCAACGUUCUAGACUUCCGCAACCCUUCCGGGAUCGGAAUCAAAAUUCCGAAACCCACAACCACCGUCCACUCCAUCUUCUCUCGCGGAGACUCAAUCUACCUCGGUGGAUCCACCGCCACAACACCAACCGCCAGAAAACCGCCAUCCACCGCCCAAAUCCAACACUUCUCUAUACGCAAACAGAAACUCUUCACCACCUACCACCUCCCGGAAUCCAAUUCCACCGCCCACCACCAUCACAAAGCCAUAACACAAGUCUGGGGUGACUCCAGUCUCACCAUGGCUGUUUCUGGUUUAGGGUUGUUUGUAUUUGAUGCUUUGAAAGAGGAUGGAAUGCGGCCAUUAAUGGGUGGUGAUUAUGGUGGUGUGAAGGUGAGAGAGAGUGUUGGGCCGGAUAAUUUAUAUUGUCCUUCGUUUGAUUAUUUGGGGUCACGUGCUUUGGUUAUAUCCAGAGAUAGGCCUGCGUUUUGGAGGUAUUUGGCUUAGGUAUGAUUCAUGAAUAUGAUUUAUGGUUUUUGAGUUUGUGUUAUAUGUGUUUUUAUGUUUUUAUAUUGUAAUGUGGAAAAUUAUGGAAU